AUGUCAUCAGACGAUCCUUUCACGACCACUUCCCUAGCCUUGCAGCUAGCCCACGCACAACGCGUAAAUGAGCUCCACAGAUCCACACUAGAAGCACUUCCGAACCUCCCCGUAUACAUGAAAAAGGUGCUAUGGGGCACUCUCAACGAACAAGAUGCGUGGCCACCUCACCUCGCCGGCUACGUAGAGAACUCUCAGGAACAAAACAGUGUUUGGUCCGAGGAUGAGGAAUGGUCUCUGUUGACCAUCAGACGUAUUAUGGGGCCUACACUAAGCCUACAGGUUAUCGGAGCGCACUUCUUACCGCAUCAUGGAGGGGAGGGAACGAAGGCUCAUUGGGAGGAGAUGAUGAGGCGCGAUGUAGGUUGGGAUCCCAGUGAGGAUAUGAGGCUACUACAGUUGGUGAGACGGUCUGAUGGGUAUGAUGUCCAGACUGUUGCCAACACCAGUUUGUUUGGUAGAGAUAGGAAGAUUAAAUUUGGCAGGGUGGCGCUCGGGAUUGCGUAUCAGCGAGCUUUGAGAGAGAUGUAA